AUGCCGUUUUAGUUUACUAGGCAGCAUAGAUUCGACUGAUAAAACCUUCAUGCAAACAACACAUUGCGGGCGCUCUUCAUUAUUAAUUUCAAUACAAGAAAAACCAAAAUCUAAAUACUUAUCGUCAUAUUUUCUGUAUUUUGGUUUACGGCUUCCCUCAGCUGCCUCGGCAUCGCUCUUUGCAGAAGUUGACGCGGAAUCACUACUUUGUUUACUUCCUUGUUCAGUUUUAUUUGAAGAUAAGAAUCUUUUCAUUUUAAAGAACAAUAUAAUAACCAACACUAAAUAAACUGAACAAAACUACAACUUCACUACUUUGAUUAUUUACUUCACUUGUGCGACUGUCACAAUGUGUAAACAUAAACUCGCAACUUAAAUCUAAAACAUAACCUCAACAGAAGCUAGACUGCAAGUAGUAGUAGCAGACUGUCCGCCGGGAACGUACGACGAUUUCCGAAAAUACACGAAGGUAGUUCCGUUGCCUAGCAACGAGUUCCAAGAACAGAAUGACGUACCGAGAUGCAAAGCUCUGUUGUCUGACCUUGCCUAAUUGUUUUGUUUGUGCAACCGGCCGGCUGGGCCAGUAAGUAAGGUUCGGCAGGGGGAAGACUCCAGUAAUCAAAGUAACUCCAAAGCCGCGCGCACAGACUGGUCCGCACUGUAUUGUAGUAUGAUGACGUUUAGACUCUUUGGUAGACAACGGCGGCGCACCUAGCACUAGCUCGCGGCGCCGCGGCGCACACUUUGGGAAACUCUGCCUUAAUUGGUAGUAAAUAAAUUAAUUAUUAUAAAUUAAUAAUUAAUAUUAUUCCAGAAUAUUAGAAUAGUGAAUUAUAAAAUUAAAUUAAAGACAAAAAAACAUUUCGGCCAUUAUCUCGCGGUUAAAUAUUGGUUAAUCGAUUUGUUUAAUUGAUUUGAUUAACUGUUUAAUUAAUUUAAAUUGAUUUUGAGAUGAUAAAGCUAAUAUUAUGGGGUUAGAAAUCUCUAUAGUAAAACACUUAUACGUGUUGUUUAUAAUUCAACUCACCUAAAACUAGUGUAAUUUUAUUUUAAUUUCUUUUUCUUGGAAAUUUAAUCUCUCGUUUGCUUAGGUAACUUUGUUAUUAUUACAAUAAAAGAUAAUGUCUGUGAAGUUGGCAGUGCAACUUCAAAGUAUUGUUAUAGAACCUAUUCCAAACGUUUGUGCUUCGUUUGUGCACGUUUGUGCACGCAAUAUUGAAGUUUUUGUUCGAUAUAUUCGGGUAUUCCCCAUCAAUAAAGAAUUGUCAUAAGCACUGGUAACUUCAUACAAGCAGUGAAACUUGUUUAGAAGUAUUGUAUAACAAAGGAAUGUUGUAAUAAAACUUAUUGUAUAGAACACUCUGUUACAAAAACUGGACCAAGUCCUCUACUGCAAUGGAGGCAGACAUAAUAGUUGAAGGCUUUUAGGAAAAGUAUUGAGAUGUACAACUUGAAAUAUGUCAAUGUAAUAGGUGAGUAUGUGUAACAUUAUUUUUCCUAUAUUUUCUUAUGUUGUUUUAAUAGCCCACUUGAAUUUAUAGUCCGUAACAUUAUAGUAGAGUCCAAAAUUCAGAGAAUGUCAUAACAGGUUCUCUUGUAAGAAAAUUUAUAAUUUUUAACCUACAUUUAUAGAUUAUUCAUUUUCAAUGACGGCCUUUUUCUCCAAUGACAGUUUUUGGCCUUAUGGCUAUGAAGGAGCUUUGUCUGACAUUUUUAAAAUAUAUAAAAUAUAUUUCAUAGUUACGUAUAUUAACCUUGAACAAAAUAAUGACAAUAAAAGUACGUAACUGCGUCAUUUUUUGAACUGUUGAUGAAAGUACAUAGGUACUCAGAAGUUUUAUCUUUGAUUUUCAUAACCCAUUGCAACAAAAAAGGGCUGUAAACAUUUACAUAAAUGUACCUUGUAUUAAAUAAAAAUGUAUUUUACCACAAUAAAGUACGUUAUUGUUGCAGGCGAUGGUGACAGCAGUGUAAUGUCAAAGCUAACUGAGUGUCAGCCGUAUGGUCCCAGGACAACAAUAGGAAAAAUAGAGUGUACCAACCAUCUGCUCCGAAAUUACAUUCGUAAAAUACGAGAUAUCGGUGGGCAGAAAAGAAACCACUUAGGUCCGGUUCCAGGAGAACUAAGGGACAAGAUUCUCAGCCGUUUGAUGAGACUUCGGCAUGCUGUGACUGGAGCAGUCAAACAUCAUAAAAGUAAUUCUUCAUACCAACUCAUUCAUGAUACGUUAAAACAGUUAAAGACUGAUAUUAUGAAUGGUCCAAACCACGUAUUCGGAGACCAUUCUAAGUGCCAACCCUAUUUUUGUAAGCGGUCGAAAAACGGAGAAGAAAAUUAUGUAGAAUUACUUAAAUCCUACGGAGUUUGGCAAGACAUUAUGGCAGCCAAUACAUUCCUAGCCAACUUCACUUAUAGCCUGCUACAGUGCAUCACAUCAAACAUUGCAGAAAGCUACAAUGCUAAAGUGUGUAAACUGGUUGGGGGAAAGAGAGUGAAUUUGGUGCAAAGGAACAGUUACACUGCAAGAAGUGAAUUGUCCGCGUUAUCCACUAAUGACAAUGAAGAAGUACAUCGCCAUAUUUAUAAAAAGUUGGCGUCAGGUCAUAGUCCUGGAAUUCAUUCGAAAACGUUGGCGCACCGGAGAUGUAGGAGGAGGACUAGGACAAGAAAAUCACUUUUUCGUGAAGAGAGGACGAAGAAAUUUCGUUCAUUUUGCGCUGACCAUGAUUAUGGCGAUGUUGCUGCUGUAGACAUUGAACCAGACGAGUUUGAACACAAGAAAGAUACUUUUUUGAAUUCACUCAAACUUGAUACCGAAACCCGGACCCAGUUAGAAUUAGACUCUCGUGGCCAGAGUACUUGCGAACUGUGGAAGCACGAGCGUAGAAAGAGACUAACGGCAUCAAAUUUUGGGAAAAUAUGCAGGAUGAAGUCAACUACACCGUGCCAAAAAACAGUGGAACAACUCCUAUACAAAUCGUUCGUUGGAAACAAAGCCAUGAGAUACGGUGUGGAGAAUGAGCGAAACGCCAUAGAUGAACUGGAAAACCUCAUAGGAGCCAAAGUGGAAGAGUGCGGACUCUUCGUAGAUCCAGUUCAUCCAUUUUUAGCUGCUUCACCUGAUGGCAUUAUAGACGGCAAGGGAUUAGUUGAGGUUAAAUGUCCGGCUGCAGCAAAAAAUUUAACUCCAGCAGAUGCUGUACGAAGAAAAAUUAUAAAAUUUUGCAAGCUGGAUGAGUGUGGCGAAUUAAAGUUAAAAGUGACUCACUCUUAUUAUUAUCAAGUACAAGGACAACUCCAUGUAACAGGAAAACAAUUCUGUUUAUUUACAGUAUGGACACCUCACGGAGUAUCAGUGAGAAAAAAUUUUGAAAAAUGAUGAGUUCUGGCUUAAACAUAUGCAAAUUCCACUUUUAACUUUUUACCACAAAUGCAUAUUGCCAGAACUAGUUGACCCAAGAUACCCUCGAGGGCUUCCUGUGAGAGACAGACUAGAUGUUUUGUAACUAAAAUUUUAUGUUAGUAUAAUGCAAUAUAUGUGACGAGAGCAGGUGAUCCUAGUAAUUCAUUUAAUUAAAAAAAUCUUUAAAAGUCUUAAAAUUCUUAUGUGAUCUGAUAAUUCUAAAAAAAAUGAAAGAAUGAUUAUAUAAACAA